AUGGCAUCCGACCACGAUGCCUUCGCCAAUUGGUUGAAGACCCUCGCCCCCGAGGAACUAGCCAAGCUCAAAGCCGCGCAUUCUGCAUCCGCACAGGCGGCAGCCGACACAGCCGUCCAGGAUGACGCUCGGCCUUGCGAUAGUUCUUCCAGCCUUUCCCCACGUAGCUUCCUUGUUUACCAAAACCAGGAAGCCUUCUAUCAUGCCCAAGACGGGAUCACGGGGCCCAGCCUUCUCAACCUCCCCAUGGAAAACUGGAAGCCGCCAGCACAGCAAACAUUCUUGCCCGACGCAGCCAAGGCAGACCCGCCGACCAAAGCCAUCCCGAAUCUUUUUCGAAGCCGAGUUCAUGGCUUCCGACCACAAGCCGUCCUACUCCGGAACGAGCGGCCACCCCAGCCUUUUGGAUUAGCCGUGAUCUGGGACUCCCGUACAUGGAUCAACUUCUAUGGCGGGGAGCCCCCAAAGACAGCCGUGGAGAUCGACGUUGAGACCCACUUUUACACGGUAGAGCCAGGAUCAGCCUUCGAGCCUGGCCAGGAGGAGGACUCCGAGUCCUCCGGAGCGCAAGAGGACCUCCCGCCUUGCCCACCGCUCCCGGAGUGGUAUUCGGCGGAUACUGGGGUCCUUCGCUACUGGCACUUCGGUGCCACGGGCCAAGCCAACCCCCGCCAAAUGGGGAAGCAGUCGGUCCCGGCCCUUUGCCUUCAGGACCUGAAAGCCCUCCCAGAGCCUUUGGUCGACAAGCGGAAGAACAUCAUCAUCGACCUCUACAAGCCGCCGGCCCUGGCCCUUCCAAGGCUGCCUUGCCCUAACAUGCGCAACUGCAUCAUUGUCCCCAGCCUUACCUUGCCGCACACCUUCGACCUGGACCCAGCCUUCGCCAGGAUGUAUUAUAUGGGCAGCAGCCGUGGUGAGAUGCGUUGCGGCCUUCCCUGCUCGACCGUGCCUUUCUGUCCUUACCAUUCAGCCUGCGGACGCGAAAUCACCGAAGGGACCGUCGAGCAUAGGGCAUAG